AUGGGCUGCGGUGGUGAUCGUGAAAAGGGCGCAGUCUCGAUGGAGGAGAGGUGGGACUACGUGAACCUCGAUGAUUUCAAGUCCGACUCCUGCUGGACACCCUUCUCCUACUUCUUCCUCUGGGUGUUCCUACUUGUUUCGAUUGCCGUUUAUGGCGUCGAUACAUUCACUGCUGUUAAUCUGCUUGCCUUCUCUCACUGGAGCGGCCGCGUCGAACCCGCUAUUCCCUUCAGAAUCUCUCGUUGGAUCUUCGCUGUCUGUAUUCUUGUGUCUUUCGCUCUCCUGAUCUACCGAUGGAUGCUUGCCAUCCGUGCGAUGCGCUCUGGCAGCAUCACCCGGAGCUACCUGGACCCCCUUGCGGUUCGUGUCCAGUGUUUCCGAGUGUUCACCAAGCAAGGUCGUGGAUGGAAACGUUUCCUCGUCUUCGCCGAAUUGACUAAAAGUAAAAAAGGAGCAGAGUAUGUUGCGCUUUACGCCUACUUCUCCUUCCAAUUCUGGAUGAACACUGUCUUCGCCGAUGGGCCACGCCAGGUCCUCAAUGCUAUCACGCUGUGGUCCGUCGUGCAGGCCGAUCUACUUCCUGGCGGCAAAAAUGCACCAAAAGAUAAUGGAACCUCGGAAGCCCUGCAAUUCUUCAACAAUGUGAAGAUUCUUGCGGAGGAAAACAACCUUCAAGCCGUGGUUCUGUUCGGUAUGCUGUUCACCUUGGUGAUCUGGGUCUUGUCAGUUUUGAAAUUGGCAUCGGCUGUCGUUCUUUACUUGAUUUUCUUGUUCCAUCAUAUUCCUUCCACGGAUGGGUCACUCAAGGCCUACUGUCGUCGCAAGAUUAGCACCCGGUUGACCCGCAUCGUUCGGAAGAAGGUCGACAAGGCUUUGGCCACUGGCUUCACGUUACAAGAUCGCGCACCAACUCAGCCAAGUUUGGCUGGUGGGGAUAUCAAACCGACCUUGCCCUCCCUGCCAAGUGUCGAGGCGGACAAGACACCGGCUGUGACGACUCUAUCGCGUAGUACUACGCAAACUACAUUGCCCCCUUACACGCGGUCAAACUCUACUGCAACCGAGAAAGUCCCAAGUCUACCAAGCCUUGACUUUGACAGCAAGCCGCCACUUACUCGAACAAUGACCCAGUCAUCUAUGUCCGAGUCGGCAUCAUUGACUGGGAAUGCGGCUGUAAUGGGAUACAGUCCACUGGAUCGCCAGAACAUGCCGCUGCCUCGUGUUCCACCUCUGCCUCCAAAUAUGCCCCCUUCAAGGACAAACACGGCUCAGUCGCGACGUACACCUGGGCCGCCGCCGUUCGCCAACGAUGUUGGCCGAAAUAGCCCGGGACCCGGAGUGCGCAACCUGACUGAAUCAGGCGCUCACCCAUACCGCCCAUUCACCCCUGCUGUUGAUCCGUAUGCUCGGUCGAACACACCUGGCACAGCCGUUACGGACGACUACUUCGACCGAUCACAUACACCAGCUGCCCAGCCCGCUUCUUAUGAUCCUUAUGGACCACCUGCAGGUUACUAUGGUGCCCCGCCAGAUGAUGACGGAUAUGAUGACCUGGACGCUGGAACUCCUUACAACCAGAGGGCACCCUCUCGCCCGCAACCAGACUAUGCGUCUCAGGACGGAUACCAAGCUAGAUCAUAUAUGCCAGCGAACACAAGCGCAACCUCUCGUCCUCCACCUGGUCGAUCGAUGACGCCUGCCAGCACAGGUGCCACGGCCCAUCCUCCACCCGGUCGGUCAAUGACACCAGGGAGCUAUCGCAGCACACCUGGACCUCAAUCCGACAGCCAGACGUCAGGCCCACAGCGAAAUUACACGCCUUUCAGUCCCGAUACCCCGUCUGACUCUCAAUCCGGGUACACGGCAUUCAGCCCCAAUGGCAAUAACCCUCCAAUGCCCUCCCAAACACCGCAACCUCGCAUGCAAAGACCUCCCGGUCCAUCUGGGUAUCAACCCUUCGCACGCGCCAAUACCACGUCUCCCUCAGCGGUGAACCGCCCUGGUCCUGCGGGAUACGGUUUCAACCGUGCGAAUACAAAUCAAUACUGA